AUGGUUCUUGGCCAAGAAGGGGCGAUUCCAGAGGCAUUAGAGAGGCCCAGCCACCACCAGCCUGUGGCCGGAUGGUCUCCUCUGCCCGAAUCGUGGGUGGUGCAGAGGCUGAGUAUUUCAGAUCCCUCCUUGUUUGUUGUCGUAUUGGGAGCCCACAAUGUCUCAUACCCUGGACCUGAAGCCGUGUCCGUUCUGGUGAAGCAUAUCAUCGUCCACUCCCACUUCUCAGGAUACAGGGAUGGCAAUGAUAUUGCCCUUAUGGAGCUGGACGCCCCUGUCAACUUCACUCGCAACAUCCUGCCUGCCUGCAUCCCAGGACCUUCCAUCUCCUUCCUUCCAAGGUUGGGCUGUUGGGUCACAGGCUGGGGGAACAUCCAGCCAGGAGUUCCACUCCCUGAUCCUGAACCCCUACAGGAAGUACUGCUUCCACUGAUGGAUACUGUUAUCUGCGAGGCCCUUUACAGCGACUUUAAAGAUGAAACACCUACAAGUACUGGGGUAAUCAAAGAUGACAUGAUGUGUGCAGGAUACUUGGAAGGAAAGAGGGAUGCUUGCCAGGGGGACUCGGGAGGACCACUGAUUUGCCCACAUGAUGGGGCUUGGCUUGUGGCUGGUGUGGUGAGCUGGGGGGAUGUAUGUGCUGCCCCAAACCGCCCUGGUGUCUAUACACGGGUCAGUGCCCACAGCAGUUGGAUCUUGAGACAUGCCCCAGAAGUGGCUAUCAGUUUCAUCAAUGGUGCUCCCAGCAGGGGUUGCUCCUGUUUCCUAGUGCUAAUAGUGCUGUACUGCCUUGAUUAACAGUAAUGUGCCUAGUGUUGUGCAUUGGUAGGAUAUAUUAUAAGGGUCUGCCUAGAUUGUGAUUGAUUCUGCUGGGAAUGAUCUCUGGCAAAGAUGAAUGGGAAAUCAUUCUUGGUUAUAGCUCCUAGGUUAUGAUGGAUACUUUUGGCAUUAUAUGAAGCUUUGUUUUGGAGAGAAUAUAAGAUAGCUUUUCCCUGCUUUCAAUGUGUAGAUGUGUUCUAUGAGAAAGGCUAUUUCCUGGGGCACUUUCCAUGAUAUGCUAUAGCUGAAUUCUACGAUCUGUAUAAAUUAGUUAAAUUAAGCAAGUGUGCGUAGAUUAAAUUAGUUAGCAAAGUUGAUCCUGUUUCUGCGAGUUGCAUGGCAUGGAGAAAAACUAUAAAGAGUUCUGAAUCCCCCAUCCCCGACUACUGGAAAUUCUACUGCCUUCUGAGAUUUCACCAGGCAUUUUGCACACACUUUCAAAGUUCGCUUCAGAGCCAUAAGGAUGAGAAAGUUUCUUAAGUUGCCACAUUCUAGAAGAAAUGGAAAAAGACUGUGCAUCCUGCACCUAUUACCAAAUGUCAUGCUUUUCCUUUGCUUUCCCAGAAUUGAGAAUUGUACAGACUUCUGGGAGUUACUAUGAAGUGUGCAGUUUGCAUGCAAGCCUGCAGUUCUCACAAGCAACCCUCCCACCCUUUAGGAUCUUUUGACCUUGAGACCUGAACACACUCUAGAAUUUGGAAACCCAAGAAUUAACGAUGACAUGAAAGCUAAAUCAAAAGUGAUUUUAUAACAUCGAAAGGGAAUUAGCGUACUUAUUAUAAAGAAAAUCAGUUGACACAAACUUUCACAAGUGACACAAUAACAAUAAGCUAAGUUUAAAAGAGUUUAAAAAUAAUAAAAAAGUUACAAGUAAUCACACAAGCUGUUAGUUCUAAAAGCAUGCCUAGAAAUACGUGGCAAAGGCAGGAUGCAGUGAACCUAGUCAGGAAGAGUAUGGGGAGAGCAUGCCCAUACUUUGGGAAAAUAUGGGAAACAAAGACGUGAUAAACACAAUUUGGAUUUUUUAAAAAAAUAAAUGAGGGAGGUUUGGGGGUAACUUGAAAAAUAUGAAGAGCUAAGUUCUGGAGAGAUAAGGGCAACUAAUGGUGUGACCUUUGGGGUUUUUUAACAGAAGCAGGGGAAGAAAAAUUGUGCUGCAGGGAUCCAGCAGAGAAGUCUAAAGGAC